AUGUCCUCCAGGGAUUUGGCGAUAGGAAUGGUCUUCUUAUUUCAGACUGUAUUUGGAGUCCUUGGAAAUUUUUCUCUUCUCUAUCAUUAUCUCUUCCUUUAUUUCACUGGGUGCAGGUUAAGGAACACAGAUUUGAUUCUGAAGCACCUGACUGUAGGCAACUUCUUAGUUCUGUUGUCCAGAGGAGUCCCCCAGAUAAUGGCAACUUUGGGGUGGAAACAAUUCCCCAGUGAUUUUGGAUGCAAACUUAUUCACUACCUUCACAGAGUGGGCAGAGGUGUGUCCAUUGGCAGCACCUGCCUCUUGAGUAUCUUCCAGGCCAUCACCAUCAGCCCCAGGAACUCCAGGUGGGCAGAGCUUAAAGUGAAAGCUCCCAGGUACAUCAGCCUCUCCACGUCCCUGUGCUGGCUCCUCUACAUGCUGGCUCCGAACCCUUCAGAACAAGGAUCCAGGUCACACUAACAGUUGUAUAUCCCAUACUGACAACCUGUUCUGGCAUAUAGUGGAUGUUCAAGAAAACCUUUUGGAAUGAAAGAUAAGACUUUACCUUGGAGAUUACGUCCUCAACAUACACACCAACGGAUCUGAGAAACAGACUAAAUACAGAACCAUUCUGCAUGACAAAAUGAACAUAAGUAGAAACAUUGCAAGCUAACUAUUGUCAAUUUUGAGCUCACUGAUGUGGAGUCUCAUCAACAGAAAUGUGAUUUUUAUCACCAGCAAGGAGUGGUAGUAGUGAGA